AUGUUCGCUCCCUUAGAAGCUGUUUAUGCACUAGGAUUCCCUCCUCAUCGGAAGUGGGUUCCUGCUACAAUUACAGAAGUUCUUGGUAUGACUACGUACCUAGUACAAACGGAUGAGGGCAUGGUCUGGCGAAGACACGUUGAUCAACUAAGGAGCCGGGUUGUUCCGACUUCUCAGUCGGAUAUUUCUGAUAAUUCCGAUGAAAUCUACUCAGAUAUUCUACAGAGAUCACCAGUGCGAGCUCAAUCUUCAGGUUCUUCUCAGGACUCUCCUACAUUGUCUGAUGAUUUGCCUUUAGUAGAUGAUGUCGACAACGACCCAGUGCAGUCUUCGACUAAUGAUGAUCCUGGCGCAGUGACUGCAAGCGGCCCCGGUCCUGGACCACAGUCUCAGAGGCCUGUUAGGAACAGGCGUCCACCAGAAUGGUUUAAAGACUAUAAAACUUAG